GCUGGUAGACAGUGCAUUACGGUUUUGAGUUGGCAGUUCGCCCACCCCUUUAAGAGUUCUCAAAAACUGACAGAACACUCCCCCUAUCAGGCAGUCGGAGGUGAAAUAUCCAUUGCCUUAAGGAGAGUUCUGUUCACGCUUCCAAUCCCCGUUUUCUCGCUGCUAUGUCGCCGCCUCCCCUUUAAAGUACUCCGCCGGCCACUGGGUUUGUAGUCGGAGGUCAGAAAGUGACCGGAGGAGUAGCGGUAGCUGCUAUGUCCCGAAGCUGUGAGGCGUGUAUGCUGCUUGGGUUCCUGCUCGUCGUGCUCUCGGGGAGAAGCACUGGCUACUUCCCGGAGGAACGCUGGAACCCAGAGUCCCCCCUCAGGCCGCCCACCGUGCUGCUCACCCUUCUAGCCAGGAACGCCGAGGGGUCCCUGCCCGAAGUUCUGGGCGCUGUAGACCGGCUGAGAUACCCCAAGGACAGAAUCUCGUUGUGGGUAGCCACAGAUCAUAACUUGGACAAUACAAGUGGUAUUCUACGGGAAUGGCUGAUCAACGUUCAGAAGCAGUACCACCACGUGGAGUGGAGACCACAGGAGCAUCCCAGAUGGUUUCAGGAUGAGGAGGGACCAAAGCAUUGGUCUCACUCUCGCUAUGAGUAUAUCAUGAAGUUACGCCAGGCGGCUUUAACCUCUGCCCGGGAAAUGUGGGCUGACUACAUAAUGUUUAUAGACUCUGAUAACUUGCUGACAAACCCAGACACUCUGAACUUGAUGAUUGCUGAGAAUAAGACAGUGGUUGCCCCCAUGUUGGAGUCCAGGGCAGCCUACUCUAAUUUCUGGUGUGGGAUGACCACUCAGGGAUAUUACCGCCGUACUCCAGCCUACAUGCCUAUCCGGCGCAGAGAACGUCGUGGCUGCUUUGCUGUACCCAUGGUACACUCCACAUUUCUUAUCGACCUGCGGAAGGAGGCAAGCCAAUAUCUGGACUUUUACCCACCUCAUCAAGACUACACAUGGGCAUUUGAUGAUAUCAUAGUGUUUGCUUACUCAUGCCGUCAAGCAGAUGUUCAGAUGUUCAUCUGCAAUAAGGAGGUUUAUGGGACUCUGCCGGUUCCGCUGCGUGCGCACAGCUCUCUGCUGGAUGAAACUGACAAUUUCCUGCACACCAAACUGGAGAUCAUGGUGAAGGGUCCUCCUGCUGAGCCAUCAAGAUUUCUGUCCAUCUCUCCAAAAGUCCCAGACAAGAUGACCCUGGAUGAGAUCUUUCUCAUUAACCUGAAGCGCCGACAAGAUCGGAGAGACCGUAUGAAGAGGACGCUUUCUGAGCUUCAGAUUGACUUCAAGCUUUCUGAUGCUGUGGAUGGCAAGGCACUGAAUGAAUCUCAGGUCACUGCAAUGGGUAUAAAGAUGCUCCCUGGAUAUAAGGAUCCGUAUCAUGGGCGUCCUUUGACACGUGGGGAAAUGGGAUGUUUUCUUAGCCACUACAACAUCUGGAAGGAGAUCUCGGAACGCUUGCUUGGUGUCUCGGCUGUGUUUGAAGAUGACCUGAGGUUUGAAAUAUUUUUUAAGAGGCGACUAGAAAACCUUUUGCAGGAUGUGGAGAAAGCGCGGCUGGACUGGGACCUCAUUUACCUGGGCAGAAAGCGGAUGCAAGUGGAUGAACCUGAAGAGUCUGUACCUGGGGUCCGUAACUUGGUUGUGUCAGACUACUCCUAUUGGACACUUGGGUACCUUAUCUCCUUGCAGGGGGCAAAGAAGCUUCUGAAUGCCAACCCUCUGACCAAGAUGCUUCCUGUGGAUGAGUUUCUGCCAGUCAUGUAUGACAAGCAUCCCAUCUCGGAUUACUCUUCUCAAUUCUCCUCCCGGGACCUGCACGCCUUCUCUGUGGAGCCUUUGCUACUGUACCCCACGCACUACACCGGAGAUGAAGGCUAUAUUAGUGACACUGAGACAUCUGUUCUAUGGGACAACAUGACUGAAACGACUGACUGGGACAGGGCUAAGUCUCAAAAGACCCAACAGCAGGAAAAGCUGCGCAGUGAAGCAGUAAACACCCCAUCCCUCCGUUCUCCAUUUGACAGCGCUGCCAGAGAUGAGCUAUGACCUUAACGUCGUCUAUAAUCCUGACGCGAAUGGAACAUUGCAUCCAGCGUCUUUGUGUAGAGGAUCUUUUGAUUACUGAUGGUGAGGUACAGGUGCAGUGGACCAUUGUGGGUGAUCUUGGGAUGGCCUGUCCAGGUACUUUUCUCCCACACUGAUGACAACCCCUCUCCUUAGUGAAAUGUAUUGGAAAACCCUUACAGGGAACAGAGCGGUCUCUGAGGGAGACAGGUGGAAUGGUAGGGUCUUGGCUCUUGAUUUAAUAAUAUUAAUUUAUAUAUUUACAUGUACAGUAUGACUGAAACAACCUCCAUCUUCCCAGUCUAGUUAGAUCUAAAACCUGACAGCUGAGCUGUUUGCGGGAAUAUACGAAAAAUCUCUCAUUAUAGAGCUUAAAAAGCAUGACUGAUUAGAGAUGUUUGGGGUUGGAUGGAUGUAGUGACAAUUUAUUAUAGAGGUGUGAGAGAACUUGAUGAAAGCAGGUAGACCCAGAUUCCCUUCAUCCUCCUCCCUCAGUGACGUCACCAGUGGGCCAUGGAUAAAGUAAAGCAAACUUUAGUAAGUAGAUUGAUUUCUCACAUAUGUCAGUAAUGGUAACAACCAAAAGUGUACUUCUUAAUAUAUAGGUUUCCUAAAUUUAGUGAAGGGCCUUAUCCCUUAGUGAUGUCACUGGUUUCUCAAAGAUUGUUAAUCUCCAUUCUAAUGUUCAUAGCUUCAACUCACAAAAUGGCUGCCUCCAUUAAGUCUCUCAGCGAGGUCACUGGUUCAUAGGUAUUUUAUAGAUAUUCUCAACAGGUUCUGCUUACAAAAUGUUUUCCUCCCAUUGUGUGCACAUGUUAAUUUAAUAUUUCCUAACUUUUGCUUUCACUUGGUUGUAUUUAAAUCCUAUUGUGGCAGUUUGUAAAAAAUGGUAGAUUAACCAAAAGGUGAAAUUGAUUAUACUUUCUCUUUCCAUAUAGUACAGAGUGGGCCCCUCCAGAAUUCACCACUUUUUUACCAAAAGCCAUGGGCUGACUUGUACUGUGACUCUUCAUGGUGCCAGCCAAAGUAGCUUAUGAUUGAGCUAUAUUGUUGCAAUAUCAUCAGCAAGGACAUUCUGAUACAGAUCUUCUCUUCCUAGACAGUGGAAUCACCAGCCUCAAAUUCUAGUAUAUUUUUAAGCAGUGGUUCCUGAACUUUUUUGAACCACAGCGAGCUAGAGUAUCAGAGUUUUUUUUCCACAGCACCGCUAGGCCAAAAGUUGAUUAUUGAGAAAUUCAGAAAAAAGUAAAUUGUGUUUAUAUGUCAUCCUUAGGUUCAGCUAAGGGGUGAGGGACAGAAUUUGGUUCUGUUUGUCCACAUAUUUUAUGAUCGGAAGCCACAAGCACUGGUUUUGUCUAUUACAUUGACUAUAAAUAAUUUGUACUUAUCCUGGACCACCAGACCAGGGCACCCCUGCAAGUGCUCUGAGACACCCUAGGGCACCCAGUUUGGGAACCACUGGUUAAAAGAAGACUGACAACACCUUUUUAAA